AUGUCGGACUUCGGAAAGGAGGACUUCUGGAAUGACAUGUCCGCCUUUUCUGGAAUGGUCUUCUUUCAUCACUUCCCUGCAACGCUUCGCGAGCUCGGACGUGAGUUCAUGGUUGUGUGCAGCUCUUCGCUUUCCUCGUGUAGUCGUGAAAAUGUUUUACUAGCCGUUCAUAUCCGGGUCGAUGUUGUCCAUAAUCAUAUCCAUCUCCCAAAAGCCGGCAAGCAAAGCGAAGAGCUCCCAGUCCAUGAUGAUUUUGGGAGUUCGCUUUGUGAACCUCGCGGCUUCGCGGCUCUUUGUGCGAAAGAAAUUCCUCCUCAAAGAAUGCGAUGA